AUGCUGAAAUCUGCUGCUCCUAGAAGAAGGAGACAUACCAACUCGAAGUUGGGAUGUGCCAACUGUAAGAGGAAAAAGAUAAGAUGUGACGAAAAUUUACCUGAAUGUAAAAACUGUACUAAAGGAAAAAAGGAAAGUUGUUCAUAUUUAACGUUAAACAAAUCCGAGAUCAAUAGAAUAAGAUUAACUCAUUCAUUAAGAAGUGAACAAAAUAAAUUAUUAAAUCAAGAUUAUAGAUUACCAACUUCAAAGAGUGGAUUUUCAUUAAAUAAUGAAAGUAGUUUGGAAAUUAAAAUGGAAUUAUCAAAGUUACCAAUAAGAAUACCAACAGUUACUUAUCCACCAUUACAAUAUAGAUUACUUACUAUUUAUGAUUUCGAGAAUGAGUUCAAAGUUAUUGAAGAUGAAAGUGAUUCACCCGAACCUGAAUCAACAAUCACCGUGCCAAAAUUUGAUUUCAAAGACACCGGAAAAAUCAAUAAAAAGUCCAUUAUUGGUACUGAAUUACCAAAUUCGAUUAAUUAUUCAACAAAAUUCAAAGUUAUUCCCCACAAGUUGAAGGUUCAAACUAAGAUAAAAUCCAAUGAGUAUAAAUUUACUAAAGGUACUUCAUUAGAAUAUUUGAUUCCGCUUUUACAUAGAAGGAUACCCGGAAUCGAAAUUUUUGAAGAUUUAUGUAUAUGUAUGGGACAAAUGAUAAUACUACACGAAUUCAAGAGAUGCAAUAAAGUUGAAACCGUCCGUAACUUCAAACUGAAAAGUUUCGAACUCCAUAAUAAAUGUUUAACAGAUUUGAAAAUCAAAAUCAAUGAAUUCAAUGAAUUUAGUAAGAGACCUAUAACACCUUCAAAUGAUGAAUACAUGAAUAAGAUGACACCUGUGUUAUAUUAUUCCAAUAAUCUUUUAAGUUAUUGUUUGAUCUUAUUAGAUUUUAGUAUGGAAAACUACAAUAAAAUAAAUUCCUCAAGUAUUAAGAUUUUACAAAAUUUCAUAAAAUAUAACAAUUCCAGACCAGUCAAGAGCUCGACCAUAAAUUCAUUAAUUUCUUUGAAUCAAUACAACAUCUUAUCAUUGAAUGUGCCAACAUAUAAUCCUAGUUAUAUCUAUGAAAUUUUCCAUAAUUUAAUGAAGUUAAGCAAUAUUUUCUCCCAAGUAAAACCAGAAAUAUUUCAUUUGUUCAACGGAUUGGUAAGUUUCAUACAAAAUGAAAUAUUCCCUUUAAUUAAGAAUAAUAUGGGUCAAGUAUUAUCAUUUCCCAUCAAUCAAGGAUUUAACCUUUUGAAAAAUUGGUUGAGAUUAUUCCCCAGUCAAUUUUUCAUUCCUGGUAAAUCAGCAAAUCAAGUUGAUGACGAUUUAUUAGCUACCUUGAGAUGCUAUUAUUAUGUUAUCGGAGCACUGUUAAGAUCAACAUUCCCCUAUCAUUUAUAUUUCUUUGGUAUAAAUUUCACCACUUUAGAGAAUAGUUUUGACAUGGAUUAUUUCAAACCAAAGAUUAAUGAACAAAUUAAUGAUUUCUUGACAAGACAUAAUUAUUAUGGAUUAAGGGUUUAUUCUUUCUUGAGACAUAGACAUUUGAUUUUCAUCAAAUAUAUUCAAUGGAAAUCAAAUGUUUUCCCAAGUGAUCCAUUUGCACCAAGAACUUUCAAAAAUAUCAUUGAAGUACCAAUUAAAGGUUUCAAUCAUACAUUGAUCAGACCUGAGCAUUAUCCAUCAACUAAGGAAUUGGAUAAAUCUUUAGGUCAUGAAUUUCAUAGGAAAGAUGAAACUCUUUUAUUGAAGUUGUAUACCAGAAAUGUUGAAACUUUGGAUUUUUUCAACAAGGAAUAUAUUUUACAAUUUGAUAAUCAAUCAUUAAGAUUAUUGAGAGAUUAUAGACCACCGGAAGAUGAUUGUGUUACAAAAUUUGUUCCAUUAAAUUAUGAUGAAUUAGAAUUUUACUGGCAAGAUAGAAUGUUGUUACUCAAGAAAUUCACUGUAUGA